UGGGUGGCGGCGGCAUGCGGGCUUGGGCCGCCGCGCUGUGCUGCGCGCUGUGCUGCGCCCUGGCGCGGGGCUCCGAGGACAUCGUGGUGGGCUGCGGCGGCUUCGUCAAGUCCGACGUGGAGAUCAACUACUCCCUCAUCGAGAUUAAGUUGUACACAAAGCAUGGUACUCUCAAAUACCAGACAGAUUGUGCUCCAAACAAUGGGUAUUUUAUGAUUCCCCUCUAUGAUAAGGGGGAUUUCAUUCUUAAAAUUGAGCCUCCUCUGGGAUGGAGUUUUGAACCGACCAGUGUAGACAUCCAUGUAGAUGGCAUUAAUGACAUUUGCACGAAGGGAGGCGAUAUUAACUUUGUAUUCACAGGGUUUUCUGUGAACGGAAAGGUUCUCAGCAAAGGUCAGUCAUUAGGUCCUGCUGGAGUCCAGAUUGUACUGAGAAACGCUGGCAGUGAUGUAAACUUACAAGCAACUAUUACCCAACCUGGAGGAAAGUUUGCUUUCUUCAAAGUGCUUCCUGGCGAAUAUGAAAUCUUUGCAUCUCAUCCCACCUGGAUGUUGAAAGAGUCAAACACAGUGGUACGGGUGACCAGUUCUAAUGCUUAUGCUGCUAGCCCUCUGGUUGUUGCUGGCUACAACGUGUCUGGGUCAGUAAGGAGUGAUGGAGAACCAAUGAAAGGAGUCAUGUUCCUGCUUUUCUCCUCCUCAGUGACCAAAGAGGAUGUUGUGGGCUGCAAUAUUUCUCCUGUGGAUGGAUUCCAAUCACGAGAUGAGUCUCUCUCCUAUUUGUGUAACGUUGUAUCAAAAGAAGAUGGAUCUUUCAGCUUUCUUUCCCUUCCAAGUGGAAAAUACACUGUGAUACCAUUCUACAGAGGAGAAAGAAUUACCUUUGAUGUUGCGCCAUCUAGAUUGGACUUCUUUGUAGAACAUGACAGCUUACAAAUUGAGCCUGUUUUCCACGUGAUGGGUUUCUCUGUCACAGGCAGAGUGUUGAAUGGUCCUGAAGGAGAAGGAGUUGCUGAUGCCACUGUGACACUAAACAAUCAGAUUAAAGUAAAAACAAAAGCUGAUGGAUCUUUCCGUCUUGAGAACAUAACAACAGGAACAUACACAAUUCAUGCCAGAAAGGAGCACCUCUUCUUUGAUACAAUCACAGUGAAGAUUGCACCAAAUACGCCUCAGCUAGCAGACAUCAUUGCAACAGGGUUCAGUGUGUGUGGCCAGAUCUCAGUAACUCGCUUACCUGAUGCAGUCAAACAGAUCAGUAAAUAUAAGGUAACCAUGGUGCCUCAAGACAAGGACAGAGCAUCAACGGUUACAACAGAAACAGACCCUCAUGGAGCAUUUUGUUUUAAAGCAAAAUCUGGUGCAUACAGUGUUAAGGUAAUUAUUCCGGAGGCUGAGACCAGAGCAGGAUUGGCUUUGAAACCCAAAGUGUUCCCUGUUACUGUUACAGACAGACCGGUCAUGGAUGUGACCUUCUCUCAGUUUUUGGCAUCAGUUUCGGGGAAGAUCUCUUGUUUAGAUGCUUGUGGUGAUUUGGUGGUGGUGUUACAGUCUGUGAGCCGCCAGGGUGAGAAACGUAACCUCCAGCUCUCUGCAAGUACAGACUCAGUAGGCUUCACGUUUGAAAAUGUGCUACCUGGCAAAUACAAAGUAAGCAUUAUACAUGAAGACUGGUGCUGGAAGAAUAAAUCUCUGGAGGUGGAAAUCAUGGAAGAAGAUGUUUCAGGAGUAGAAUUCAGGCAGACUGGAUAUAUGCUGAGGUGUUCCCUUUCUCAUGCAAUUACACUGGAAUUUUACCAGGAUGGAAAUGGACCAGAGAACGUUGGUGUUUAUAACUUGUCUAAAGGAGUUAAUAGAUUCUGUCUUUCAAAGCCAGGUGUGUACGAAGUAACCCCACGUUCCUGCCACCAGUUUGAACACGAGUAUUACACUUAUGACACGUCCUCUCCUAGUAUACUGACGCUCACUGCUGUUCGACACCAUGUCCUUGGCACGAUUGUAACAGAUAAACUGAUGGAUGUGACUAUUACCAUUAAGUCAUCUAUUGACAGUGAACCUGCCUUAGUUUUAGGGCCAUUGAAAUCUGUGCAGGAAUUACGAAGGGAGCAGCAGCUGGCAGAAAUUGAGACCCGCCGACAGGAGAGAGAAAAGAAGGGCCAAGAAGAGGAGGGAACAAAGCCACCAGUGCAGGAGAUGGUGGAGGAACUUCAAGGACCAUUUUUAUAUGAAUUUUCAUACUGGGCAAGGUCUGGAGAGAAAAUCACCGUGACACCAUCUUCAAAAGAGCUUCUUUUCUACCCACCUUAUGUGGAAACAGUUGUUAGUGGAGAGAGCUGUCCUGGAAAGCUGAUAGAGAUUCAUGGGAAAGCAGGCUUAUUUAUGGAAGGGCGGAUUCAUCCUGAAUUGGAAGGUGUUGAGAUUGUCAUUGGUGAAAAGGGAGCGCCUUCUCCUCUCAUCACGGUUUUCACUGAUGACAAAGGUGCUUACAGUGUUGGGCCUCUCCACAGUGACUUGGAAUAUACAGUUACUGCCCAGAAAGAAGGAUUUGUUUUGACUGCAGUAGAAGGAACAGUUGGUGACUUCAAAGCUUUUGCUCUUGCUGGUGUGACAUUUGAGAUUAAAUCUGAGGAUGACCAGGCUCUUGCUGGAGUACUCCUGUCUCUCAGUGGAGGGGUGUUCCGAUCCAACCUCCUUACGCAGGAUAAUGGCAUGCUGACCUUUUCCAAUCUGAGUCCAGGGCAGUAUUAUUUUAAACCCAUGAUGAAAGAAUUUCGCUUUGAACCAUCAUCGCAAAUGAUUGAAGUGCAGGAAGGACAAAAUCUUAAAAUUCGUAUAACUGGUUACAGAACAGCUUACAGCUGUUAUGGCACAGUUUCUUCAUUAAAUGGAGAGCCUGAGCAAGGAGUCUCGGUAGAAGCUGUGGGGCAGGAAGGGUGUAGCAUCUAUGGAGAAGAUACAGUAACUGAUGAAGAGGGCAAGUUCCGACUGCGUGGCCUCCUGCCAGGCUGUGUGUAUCACGUACAACUCAAAGCUGAAGGCAAUGAUCAUAUUGAAAGAGCUUUACCACAGCACCGGAUAAUUGAGGUUGGGAACAGCGACAUUGAUGAUGUUAAUAUUAUUGCGUUCCGGCAAAUCAAUCAGUUUGAUUUAAGUGGAAAUGUGAUUACGUCUUCUGAGUAUUUGUCCACGUUAUGUGUGAAGCUCUAUAAAAGUGAAAAUCUUGACAACCCAAUUCAUACGGUCAACUUAGGCCAAUCCCUUUUCUUCCACUUCCCUCCACUGCUCCGAGAUGGAGAGAAUUACGUGGUGCUCCUGGAUUCUACAUUGUCUAAGUCACAGUAUGACUACAUCCUGCCUCAAGUUUCCUUCACUUCCAUUGGAUAUCACAAGCACAUUACAUUGGUCUUCAGUCCCACUAGAAAGCUACCUGAGCAAGAUAUUGCCCAAGGAUCUUACAUUGCAUUGCCACUGACGCUGCUUCUGUUGUUGGCUGGCUACAACCACGAUAAGCUUAUUCCUUUAUUGCUGCAGCUGACGACUCGACUGCAAGGGGUCCGCGCUCUUGGACAGGCAGGUUCUGACACAGGUGGCCCAGAGGAUGCAAAGAGACAGACAAAAAAACAGAAGACAAGACGGACGUGAGGUUGGUGAGUGUUGAAGGGAAUUGCUGCCUGGGGGAGUUGUGAGGAAUGAAUGAUCAUUUAAUGUGACUUAAAGGACUACCAGAUAUUCAGACCUCUGAACUGCUGUGGGACUUGAUUGACAUUAAACAUUGGAAAUGCUGUUAAUAAAAAGGCACUGAUGCUUGCUAA